AUGUGUUGCAAUAUAAGCAACAUGCUGCUCGUACUUUUCGCCGUGGUGCUUAUUCUACCGGCAUUUCAAGGAGAGGGGUUUUUUCCUGCAGAUUUACGCUGCUCUCUUGCUCUUUUGCACAGUGGAAAUACAUAUUGCAAACUCUCUGGACAUGAUAAAUUUGAAAGUCUGAUUUAUAAAACGUGCGACCUCGUCUGCGGAGGCAGGAAGGUGAAGUUGCCAAAGAAAGCUUGCCCCAACGGUACUAUGCACAAUCCCUGCACUGAAGAAGAGCGAUAUCACCUCCAAAGGUGGGCUAGGGACUUGGAAAACAAGAAAGCAACCAUUCAAGCCAAAUGGUGCAAUGUCUAA